ACAUUACCAUGAUGGAGGAAGAAGAUGAAACCCUAGAACUCUAUGAUCUCCAUUACUCUGAUCUCAUGGCAUUAUCUUCUUCAGAUCACCAGUUAUCAGUAACAUCGGAAAAGAUGGAAUAUUUGGAAUCAGUUAAGAGCACAAUCAUGAAAAACCUAGGUCCCUCCGGUCCAGGUCUUCUCGCCAUUACCGGAGUCCCCAAUGCUUCCAUUCUCCGACGAACGCUGCUUCCAAUGGCUCGAAAGCUCGCUCUCCUUAAGAAUGAAGAUCGCAAACUCAUACUCAAGGAUCAUGGGUUAGGGAGUGAUGUUCCACUGAAGAACAUUGAUAGAACAGUCUCCCCUUUCGCGAUGCAAUUAAGAUAUGAUCAGGAUCCAGAUGUUAGCAACCUCUGUAGCUUAAAUCAUUCAGGGAUUGAAGAUUCUGGUUCAGAUGUUAAGAGUUCAAGUGAAUUCAAGAAUCUUGGGAACAUAUUCAAAGAUUUAGGAAAUUGCAUGAUGGAGCCAGGUCUUCAUCUCGCAAGGGUGUGCGACAAGAUCAUUGGUGGACACGAGCUAGAGCAAUGCUUACUGGAAUCAUGUUCAGCUAAAGGGCGUCUUAUACACUAUCACUCAAUUGUAGAUAACCAAAUCCUGCAAUCUUUGAAAGAUACUCGACCCAAAAGCAAGAAAAUUGCAAAAACCAACCAAGAACACUCCGAUUUAUGGCAGCAGUGGCAUUAUGAUUAUGGUGUGUUCACUGUUUUGACAGCUCCGAUGUUCAUUGUUCCUGAAAAUAACGGUUCUUGCCAAUCAUGUGACGGGAAGGAAUGCCCUUCCCCUAGCGGACAUACAUAUCUGCAAAUACUUUAUCCCAAUAAGAACAGUGUUGUGAGGGUGAAGGCAUCUUCUGAGAGUUUUAUCGUUCAGGUAGGGGAAUCAGGUGACAUAUUGUCAAAGGGCAAACUGCGUGCAACUCUUCACUCCGUUUGUAGGCCCAAAAAUUUGGAAAAUGUGAGCAGGGAAACCUUCGUUGUGUUCUUACAGCCUGCGUGGAGCAAGACGCUUUCUGUCUAUGAUUUUUCAGUGAAAGAUUCAAGUUCAAAUGGUGGGUAUUCAAGAAUAUGUGAUGAGGAGAAUGGGUGUGCAAAAUCAAGUUCAUAUAUUGGUAAAUUGGUUCCACCACUUUGUGAUCGCUUGAAGGACGGAAUGACAUUUGCAGAAUUCUCAAAAGAAACAACAAAGCAAUAUUAUGGAAGCAGCGGAUUGCAGUCGAAGAGAUGAAUUGGUUGAAAGAUGGUUGGCUUAAUUUUCGAUAACAAUGGUGAUUUGGAAUCAUUGAUCCAAGUAGAUAUACACUCUCGGUUCGUAGAAGAAACAAUAUGGAUCAAUAAAAGUAUGGAAGUGCUUUCAUUUGAUUAUAUGAAUUCAGCUUGGCUACUGGUAAUCAUACUGUGGGCAUGGGAAAUCAGAAAUCUUCUACAAAAUUCAUUUCCAGGUUAGUGAUAUUUGUCAUGAAAUUUUAACUGCUUGUGUUACAAAGUUAGCAC